CUAGAGCUGUAUAUACCGAAAGGUGCGAAUCAAGCUUUGUGAUGCCGAAGCAGAUUUCCUACGCCAUAGGCUGGAAUCAGUUCAUAGCUACCCCAACGGGCAGCCGGCACUCUGACUUGCCGACAUGUUUGAUUUCGUGGCGCAACAGUUGUCCUCCACGCCAACUGCCACCCGCCUCCCUCAACACCAUAACCACCUAUCAUGUUUCCCUACGCGCCAUUCCCGGAGGACGAAGACGAGCCUCCUUGGGAUAUCACUGUCGAUCCCAGUGUCGUAGACGAGAUCCGCAAACGUCGCAAGAAGGAGAAGGAGGAGAAGAAGAAGGAAAGGGCGGAAGUGGAGAGGGUGAGCUUUAUUUAUGCCUUGAUCUCCGUUAUUCUCUGACUGUUAGCUCACUAAAUACGCAGCACCGGGCGGAGAACCCCUACAGCAUUGACGAAAGGGGCAACAUCAAGAUCGAUCCGCUGGUGGUGAACGUGAUCGUGCAUUACUUCCCCGCAUUAUCGAUGCCACCGAUGCUGGAUCUAAACCAAGAGGAUGGUUGGGUGGAUUGGCUGGCAGCGCGUUGCUUGCCAGGGGGUAAGGACUAGGAGCGACCCCUUUGGUAAGCUGUUAGUUAUUGACGUUGGAGCAGAAUGGCCGGCAAUGCUGCGAAACUGGCGUGCACAGCGCUGGAUGCGCACCCACUGGGUGCCGCUCAUCAAAGCAGACAUCGCCACCGGAUGCAGCAAGGGGAAGACCGU